AUGGCAAUCCUGACAGGGACUUCGGGCAUCAUCACAAGUCCUUCUUACCCGGGAAAUUAUGGUAAUAACCACAAUUGCAGCUGGAAAAUCAUGGCAAGUACAGGAAAUCAAGUCAAGUUGGUCAUUCAAGACAUGGACAUAGAAACUGGGAUUAACUGUCCCUUCGACUAUAUACAAAUUCAAAAUGCUGUCAUAUAUGGUAGUGUUGUGCUUCCUGGGCGUUUAUGUGGUUCACUUACCAGCAAUUCGACUUUUUCUUCUUACGACGAGACCUUGAUUGUACGUUUUGUUACUGAUGGUUCUGUAACAGCCCGUGGAUUUAUAGCAAGAUACACUGUUAUUCCUGGUAAGUAGGAAGAAUUAUGUUUUGCUGUGCUUUGCACUUUAUCCAGUAUAGUAUGUUGCGCGGUAUCUCGGCACAAUCGCUUGUAAACACUAGAAAUUCUUGUCUGACCAUAGACGAUUUCUGAAUUUUGUCCUCAAAGAUAGUACUUUACAUUUCUCUUGAAAGGUUUCCACUUUGCUCAACUACGCAUAUUUAAAAUCAGGGGCAUAGCCAGCCAUUUUUUCCUUUUAAGCCCGAUUUGAAGAGGUCCUGAGAAAGCGAGGGAGAGAUUCAUUCAUUCAUUCAGUCCUUCGUUCAUUCUUUCGUUUGUGCCUCCCUGCCUCCCUCCCUCCAUCCAUCCAUCCAUCUAUCCAUGCACCCAUCCAUUCAUUCAGAGAGUUGUAAAACUUUGGAACUUGAAUGUAAACCAUGCUGGUGUUGGUUCUGCAUGGCGAUAAAAAAAUAUAUAUAUUGAACACUCCUAGUAUUAUGUAUUUGGUUGUUCAUUGAAAAAACCUUAUUGAAUUUUGAAAAGAGUGAAAACAUAAAAAGACCUAAUUAAAACAAGUGGAUUUCUUGACAUUUCAAGAGCUUUUGCUCCUUGAAGAUCGGGUCAGUAUGGGCUUCGUACCUAGAUUUUCUUACUUAUUGCCUAUGAUGCGUUGAGGACUUAGUAGAAAGCCUAGUUAUCGCCUAAGUCAUAAACAGUUUUCAGAGGGAACAUGAAGAACAGUGUGUCACCUUUGCUCAAAAAUGUUGUGUCAAAUGAGUAAUUAGCAGUGAUUCGUCAACGAACGACUUCUUUUAGUUAAAAAAAAAUAACCGUGUCACAGUCACACCUUGAUAAACAGUUUUUGAAUUCUUUAUAAAGAACUCUGUUGCACUCAAGUACAUCCCCUAAGGUCAAUAGGGACGUGAGUGUCUCUUUAGCACUGAAUGUCUCGCUUGUGUGCACUAGAACUAGGGAUUCCAUCAAUAUCGACGAUCGUGCGUAUAUAUUAUUAUAUCUCAGAAAAACGAGUACACAGAGGGUAAAAUGGCAACUUUCUCAGCUCUUUGUAAGGUCUUCAGUUGUUUCGUCCUUUGUAUCUUCUAAGGAAGAGAUUCUAAUUUGUCACAGAAGAAGGAUGAGAGGCAGGUUGGUUCAGAAUACGGCUCUUCUGACUAUGAAAUUUGAGUUACUCUGUUUGCAACAUAGAAUGUCAGGGCGAAGCUAGUUCUUAAAGGGACACAGUCAGCUGAUGCAGAUGCGCAUUAGAUGCCAUUUCUUAGCUGAUUUGCAUGUUAGAAGACGCGCAUGAAACAGAAGUGAGAAGCGUAUCCGGAAUACUCUAAGCAAACCUUGUAGAGUUGAGCUAGUUACAAUCCGAAAUCGUGAUUAUAGACCCUAAGCCAUAUCAGAGCACUCAUUUUUUUAUAUAUAUACCAUUGAGAAUUCACCGAUGGAUUUGUCGAGACAUCGACGAAUACUUUCGAAAGUUAGUAGAGGUGAGAAAUUACGCGAAGUCUGAAUCAUUGUCCAUGGUUCAAGACCGAGAAAGACUACUUACAUCUAUUUUCCAAAUAUAUAAAAUGAUUAUUUGCUCGCCAGUGUAUUUGAUUCAUUUCUCUUGUUAUUUUGGUAAACGAAGGCGAUUCCUCCCGCCCGGCGCCUACGCGUGUUCAUGUUCCUUUGGAUACUGUUUUUAACCAAAUAUGAUAAAAUAUUGUAAAAGGAUGAGUAAAAAAAGAGGUUUUCAGUAAAAGAUGGAGGAUCGAAUAAAACAUUAGGCAUGAUUGAGCGGAUUUCUAGAUGUAUCGGACGCGUACAUUUAAUUUAGGUUGAGAUAAACGCUUUUCAAACUUGCAAAACUAGUGUCCGGGUCAGCGCGGUCCCAUAGCUGACUGUGUCUCUUUAAAUCGAUUUUCAAGUAAGGCAAACUAAAGUAACGAACCAUUUAAAUGGAAUAUUUUGUUCGAAAUUGCGUUUUACAUCGAUCAAUGCAGAAUAAACAUAGUUACCUAGAGCAUGAAAUGAAAUAUUUUUUUAAGGCAUUCGCUAAGGAGCCAAAAAAAGUGGUGGCCAUGUGAACACAUCCGUUUUUUCAAGUACCCACGCUGGAAUUCGGGAACGGUGCCGGUGCCCGAGUACAAUUAAGGACGAGCUCGGGGUACAAAUUAGGCACCGGUAAAAAA